GAGCGAGACAGCAUCGCAAUCGCCAAUUCGCGGCAGCAGAGCCUGCAAAGAACGAACCAACCCACCACCACGCCCGAGCUGAUCGACCCUGAGCGCAGCCAAAUCCAGCCAGCCAUAGGAAUAUCACCAAGAAUUCCCCGUCUUCCUCUCUCCCCUCUCUACGAACAUCACCAAGAAUUCCCCGUCUUCCUCUCUCCCCUCCGUCUCCUCGGUUCGGAUCCAUCGCCGCAGCCUUAGCGCGGGGUCCUGCCCCACCUGUCGCUUCUCCUCCCGGGCCCCACCCCGCCGCUUCUUCUCUCUCUCCGGCGAUCCGACGCCCCGGCCAGCGGCGGGGGCCAGGCCGGUUAAGUGUCGCCGCGAGGAGCGUGCGCCGCCUUGUGCUGCGUCUGGUUGUCGGAUAUUCCUUCAAUCUCCGUGCUGCGCGGCGGCGUCCGUGUCCGGGGGCGCGGCGCGCCGGGCGAUGGACCGGGACGAGCGCCUCCGCCGUGCGCUCGCCGCCUUCGGGGGCGACGCGUGGGCGCUGGUGGACGCCGCGCUGGCCGCGGCCGCGCGGGACCGCCCGGGCGAGCUGCGCGCGCGCCGCGACGGCAUCGUGGAACGGCUCUACGCCGCCGCCGGCUGCAGCAGCUGCGACGCGCGCCAGCCGGCAGCGCCGGUGCCGCGUGCUGCUUUGGCGGCGGCGGGGCUGGACGAGGAGGACGGCGAGGAGGCGGCGCCGGUCUCGCCCGAGGCGGAGGGUGACGCAGCGGGAGCCGGUGCUGCGGAGGAGGCCGAGGAGCUCGGCGCGGGUGCCGGCGGCGAGCCCGGGCUGGAGAGCAAGAUCGUGGCCAUCAGGGACUUCUUGGAGGACCCCGACCAGCCCGAGGACGAGCUGGUGAGCUUGCUGCAGAACCUGGAAGACAUGGACGUCACCUACAAGGCGCUGCAGGAGACUGACAUCGGCCGGCAUGUGAAUGGUCUGCGCAAGCACCCCUCUGCCGAAGUCAGGCGACUGGUGAAGCAGCUCAUUAGGAAGUGGAAGGAGAUAGUGGAUGACUGGGUGCGCCUGCACAAUUCCGGUGGUGACGGUGGCUCCUCGAUCAUAGCUGAUGGCGACUCCCCUGAGAAAAUCCAAGGCAGGAGCCACCAAAGCCCUCGGGUUUCAGGGUUUCAGUAUUCUCCCAGUCCACAGAGGCAUAAUGGCUCAACUUCAGAGAGAGCUAACAACGGAUUUGAGCCAACAAUGGAUAUGAAGCGCAGGGCAAGCCCAGUACCCGCGCAUCAUAACUCCAGGCAGAUGAACAACAACCAUCAUUCUACUCCUAUGCCAUCUGCUCCAGCUAAAGUGACUAGGGACCACAAGGACAGUCUUCUGGACCUUGAUAGGCUUGAUUCUGCAAGGAAGAGGCUCCAGGAGAAUUAUCAGGAAGCACAAAAUGCCAAAAAGCAGAGGACAAUCCAAGUGAUGGACAUCAACGACAUACCAAAGCCGAAGAACAGAAAUGCUUUCAUCCGCAAGAACGGCAGCGGUGGGCUCCCUGCAAGGCACCGAUAACGUUACCUAGCCUUCACCUGCUUGACGCCUCGACUCGCGCCACAUGCAAACUUUUGCACUAAAACUCGUGACGGAAAAGAAAAGAAGCAAACGGUUUCUUGUUCUUUUUCCUAUGUUCUUGGUUGCCUAGCCUUACCUCCAGUGUGAUAUUGUCAGGUACAUAAGAGUGAACGCUUAUGCUUCCCCUCAGGGGGAAAAAAUAGAAUCAGAGUUUCUUAAGCUGCUGUUCCUAUAUUUUGGUUGUUAAGUAUUGGCAUUGGUCA